GGGAAAUGUUGCCAGAAGACAGCAGUCCUGAUGAACUACACGAGCGUAUGGACCGUCUCCAGGAGCUGUACACUCAGUUUGACCAGCGCAACGGGGCGCUGCGGCGUCAGGCAAAAGCAUUGUAUUUGUUGCGCAGGAGGGGCAAGAGCGGGGUCGUGUAAGCGUUCGUUCCGAACAAUCCUUGGUACACAUACUAACUCCAGUGAGGACUUCGUUUAUAGAAAUUUAAUGAUGUAUUGAUAGACCAGUGAGGACCCUAGAUACGAACGAUCUUGAUUGUAUAUGAUUGAAAUAUUCGUUGCAUUAUUAUAUGAUUCAUCUCGAACUACCGAUUAGACCGAUUUGAACAACGUGAGCGAACCUCACCCGGAAGAAGACAAAAAAUGUUUAAUAUCGGUAGCAGCACAUGAUCAGCCAUUGAUAUUGUAUUUGUAUUGCAUGCAGCAGCCUUAUGGUUAUGAAGGAACAACGAGCCAGCGAAUAAAAAUAAAUGACAAGAACGAACAAAACUACAGCUCGAAAAUCCAGUUUACUACAUCCGAAGAGCACGACGACCGCAAGAAGUUGCACCAUUCACAUACAUUCACAUAGAUAGAGUAUGAGUAAAGAGAUACAAAGUUUGUUGAGUGCCAUCUACUUUCUUAUGGAUUUCUCUUUUUAUGAGAAUAGAUCCAUCUUUACGCGUUGCUGUCUACAUUUCUCAAGAAUUUACGUCCUUCGAAUGACGUAAUUUUUCCGUACCUACUCCUGCGCCCUACAUUAGGAGGUAAGUACCUACCAUGAUACACAGCAAUGAGUUUUUUUUAGCUCAAGCUUCUAUAACAAGUG